AUGGCCCUGAUCCAGAAGAGCCUCAUCCAGACCUGCAACCUGGUGGGCAAGCCGGUCAUCAUCACCCGCGUCAUGGACUCCAUGGCAGUCACACCCAGGCCCACCAGGGCAGAGGCCACCGAUGUGGCGAACGCGGUGCUGGACGGCGCUGACGGCAUCCUGCUGGGCCAGGAGACUCUCAGGGGGACCUACCCAGUAGAGGUCAUCGACAUGCUCAGCUCCAUCUGCAAGAUGGCUGAGAAGGUGUUUGACCACCACUACCACUUUGACCAUCUCAUGGACACGGCGCAGGCGGUGGAGGACUGGGAGCCCCCGGGCACGACGCCGCCCGGCGCCGCCACCCCCGCGGACGGCAGCACCAACGACCUGCCGGGGCUGGGGGGCCAGGACGCCGGCCACACCCAGCACGACAACAACCACCACCAGUCGCGCAAGCAGGGCAACGGCCUCCAGCGCACCCACUCCAGUGAGUCAUACUCCAGCCUCACGCUGGCGGUCAAGGCCAUGACGCGGUUCGGCCCCUCCAGCCGCAUCGGCCUGGACGCCCUCAACCACAGCGACAGCACACAGAAGCUCUACGCGGGCAGCCCCUACCUGUCGAAGCUGGAGUCCAUCGCCAGCGGGGCCGUCAGGGCGGCCGACAAGGUCAAGGCCUCCCUCAUCGUGGUGUACACACACACAGGCAAGACGGCGCAGCUGGUGGCCAAGUACAGGCCGCCGAUGCCCAUCCUGACGCUGGUGGUGCCGCGCCUCGUGUCGGACUCGCUCAAGUGGCGCCUGGAGGGCAAGCACAACGCGCGCCAGUGCCUGCUGACGCGCGGCCUGCUGCCCAUGCUGGCCACGCCGCAGCCCAACGGGGACGCCAUUUUGGAGGAGGCCAUUGCCGUCGCGGCCGGGAUGGGCAUCGUGAAGGCGAACGACCACGUUGUGGCGGUGCAGCGCGUUCACGAGGACUUCUGCGUGAAGAUCAUCACCAUCGACCCCAGGGGCCGCGGCAUCAAGCCCAUCAUAUUCACGGAGCUGCAGGAGCAGGCGCGCGCGGAGGCGUGGGGCGCGUCCCUCUCCUUUGUCUCCAGGCCGCCCGUCCUGUCGCCCUGA